CGAGCACUUCCGGGUCGCGGGCCCAGCGCUGCGGUUUCCGCAGCUGAGGAGGUUGGGUAGUGGCUACCCUGCCGGCUCCGGCCCUACUCUACGAGCGCCGCGGCGGCCAGCGCCUUUCUUCAGGACAUCAAUGCAAUCCUGAAGACAAGCAUUUGCUUCCUCCUAAGCCAUGGCAUAUCAGUUAUACAGAAAUACAACUUUGGGAAACAGUCUUCAAGAAAGCCUUGAUGAGCUCAUACAGUCUCAACAGAUCACCCCCCAACUUGCCCUUCAAGUUCUACUUCAGUUUGAUAAGGCUAUAAAUUCAGCAUUGGCUCAGAGGGUCAGGAACAGAGUCAAUUUCAGGGGCUCUCUAAAUACAUACAGAUUCUGCGAUAAUGUUUGGACUUUUGUAUUGAAUGAUGUUGAAUUCAGAGAAGUGACAGAGCUUAUUAAAGUGGACAAAGUGAAAAUUGUAGCCUGUGAUGGUAAAAAUACUGGCUCCAAUACUACCGAAUGAAUAGAGAAAAAAAUGGCUUUUUAAUGCCGGCUUCUGUUAUUAUUCAUUGCUUUUUGAGGAGAACAUAGAAGAGACUUUUUUUAAUUUAUUUAGCUUUGCAAAAAUGACAACACUGUGCUGUACUCUCUGACAAUUCCAGCAGAAAACGGCUUAACUCUGUCUUCUCUUACAUUACCUUUAUUCUACAGCAUAAAGGAAUGUACUUUUUUUUUAAUGACAAAUCAAAAGUAUCUCCUUCCAAAAAAUAUUCUUCAAUAAACGCAUUUUAAAACUC